AUGCGAGCCGCAACCACUGCGGCCGCACCUCAGGCGAAGGCCCCAGCGACUGCUGCAUCAUCAGCAGUGCCUGCUGGCUCAGCGAGUCAGCAAACUAAUCAGAUCGUCGAUGGGAAGUAUAGCGACUACCGCUGGAUCAACGGUUCGUGGGACCUUGAGUCCAGUGCUUUCAAGGCCCAGGAUGGGAAGGUCAACUGGGACCUGGUUAUAGAUGCGGAGAUGGCCCGCCGGAGGCUCUUAGAAGACAGCCCCAUCCCCAGCACAAACGAAGACCCUGUCUUCUUUGACACCGCCCAGAUCCCCUGGUGGGCAUGGGUCAAGCGCUUCCACUUGCCAGAGGCUGAGAAGGCCAACGGGCGCGCGGCAAUGGUGGGAUACUUCCUUGCGUACUUUGUGGACAGCUGGACGGGUGCAGGCCUGUACGACCAGCAGAACAGCUUCCUGGGCAAGCUGGCCCUGCACCUGGUUGUGUUUGCCAUCCUGAUCUUCCGCUCCAGUGACUCGCUCGCCUCCCUCAAGAACCUCCUGGACGAGGCCACCUUCUACGACAAGCAGUGGCAGGCCAACUGGCUCAACACAGAGCGUCCCAAGGAGCAGGACUGAGCUUGAAAUUGAGCUGUCAAAGAGAAGAGCACUAAGGAGGAGUAUAACGACUGAGUGAACCCUAUACAUCUCUUACAGCACUGCUGUACAGUAUGUGUUGCUGAUCUAUUGUUCUGUCACAUGAUGGAACAUGUUGUAAC